AUGGCAUCUACUAUUACUGUAACUGCCUCCUUGAACCACAUGGAGGCAGUUCAACUACUCGUAUCAGCGGCGUUUCCAACGGCAUUCGUUGCCUUUUCUGAUCUUUUAAUUUCACCCUCUACUGCAGCCGCUUCUUCUUCUUCUCCAAUUGCCGCUGUGGUUGGUACAACUAGGGAAGAAGCGUUGUUGGCUCAACUCGAUAAAAGACUCAGUCAUCAUCAUCAUCAUCAACAGCAGCAACACGCCUCCCGUUUUUCAUAUUCAUCGAACAAUAGGAAUGAUGGACAUAUAAUUUCACAGGCAAAACGAGGUCCUUUUGCAGACUGUUGUUCACCUGCAGCAGUUGAAGCCUGGAAAAAGAUAUACCGCAGAUGGCCUCUACAACUCGUGAAUGGACGUCAGUUAUGGCGGUAUGAUGAGAAUGAAUUCGAAACAUCCUCCUCUACCUCUUCUUCCUCAUCUUUAUCAUCGCUAUUGCCUUGUUGGACCCCUCAUGCUGUAGUUUAUAUUGGUGGCUUUGAGGCUCCUGAUCUUCGUCGUGUGGUAGCACCACAGUUGUUUGACCAAGUACCACCAUUUUCCAGUGAUCUAGCGGUAGAGCGUACAGUGGGAGGAGAGACAUUUAAUUAUGAGAAGCAGAAGAUUCCCAAAUAUGCUGCACGAGUAUUAGAUAAAGAUCUUCUACUACGUGAGAAGGGAUGUGUAUUUCAUGAACCAGACUUGUUGGAAAUUGCUAUACCAGUUCCAACAACUCCAAAGAGUAGCAUCAAAAAUAAAAAAGGUAAUAAUAACAAAAAUAGUAAUAAUAAUCGACCAAUGACGCAGCGUAUUCGCACGUUUCUUUCUUUUGCUAGUUGUCAAACAAAUAUUAGUGUACUUCAACUGGCUUCAGAUCCACUUCAGCGUGCUGCACUUCGUCCAGCAUUUGGAUUUUCUCUCGUAUCGCUAAAGUAUGCUCUUCCACUACCUGUUGUAGAAGCUACACGUAUCCUACGUCGGUGGAAUGCCUCAUGGUCUGCAACUCCCCUCAGUACUGCCUUUUGGCUUUCUUCAGUAGGAUAUGCUGUGGAACAAUGUGAAUUGGGAGAAACUGACUAUGAUGUUAAGAAAGAUUCCCCUGUUUUGGGGAAGGAUGCCAUGCUACUUGCAGUUGCUACUGCUUCUCUGGUGAAUAACUCUCCAGAAAGUACUUGUAGCAACUAUUUUUUACCUAUUGAGAGAUUCGAGGGAGAAAGAGGAGUCAGAGAGUUAAUGGAUGUAGCAGGACGUCUGCCAGUAUCAAAUCUCUGGGAAAUCGGAACGAAAUAG